AUGGUGAUAGCAGGCUACCGAGACAUGGCUUUGUCUUCGGGUCAUGGUCAAAAGACCAUGACCAAUAAUGAGCCGGUUUUGAAGCCAGAAGCCGUCGAUAUGGAGGAAUUUGAGGUUGAAAAUAAUCCCUUCAAAUUCACGCCUGGCCAACUUGGUAAAUUGUUCAACCCCAAAAGUCUUGCCGACUUUUAUAAGUUGGGUGGCCUUGCUGGAAUCGAGAAAGGACUACGAUUAGACCGAACGACCGGACUUAGCAUUGAUGAGGAAAGUGCGACUAAUGCUGUCACGUUUGAGGAAGAAACAAAUAAUACAACACGCCCUCGGUGCCCAACAGUGUGCGAGAUGUAUGAGAAGCUGCGCGAGAAACGGGUUUCGCCAAAGAUUGACAAUUCCCAUUCUCUCGCUGUUGAAGUAAAGAAUGUUCACUCCCGCCUAGUAGCGGUACAAGCCAAAUGCACAGAAAUCGAACAGGGUCGCUACAGAAACAACGAAAAGAACUCGGAUCUCAGUCCCGAGCAAUGGGAUACCCUCGAGGCCAUAAGUCGGACGCUCUUGGACGAAGGUCCUGACCUUUCCAUUGCCUCGCCAUCUCUCAGCCCACGACUACAACAGUUUAGAAAAAUUGCGUACAAUCAUUCUCUACGAUCUCGAAACCUACAUCGUUUCAACGACUGUUUGCUUCCUCUUCUGAGGCGCGAGCAGGACCUGGAAUCUGCACAGCAGUGGUUGGAAAUGAUGAGGUUGUCUUCUUCGCUUCUACACAUACUUGGAAAGAACGAAUUAAUCUUCAAUCAUGAGGAAAACGAACUCCUGGACACGAUCGACCAGACUGAGGACAUAUUGAUGGAAUUGAUGUUAUGGUUCAGGCACAAGUACAAGAGCCUAACCUGCAAGAAAGAGGUAACUGAAGAGCAAAGUCUGGUUGAGGUCAUAUUUGAGUUCCCCAAUAACAUCAGGCACACUUGCACAACGAUGCCAUGGACUAUAAGUCCAGCACUGUUGGUACUCUGGGGUGUCUGUUGGAUGUUCAUCAUCGGUACUGGUCAACCUGGGCAUGAAGAACUCAAAGCGGCCAAUUCACUAUUUUCACCUCUGCCAGCCGUUUAUGACUUCUAUGGCGAUUUACCAGAUUUCGACAUUGGAGAUGGACCCCCAGACUCAAUUCUUGAUGAUACAGAUGGCACAGGAUACGACAGCAAGGGUAGUCUGGGCGACUUUAUGUUCGAAAAUAUUGAGAUGGUGAAUGAUCCAAUCAAUGCUUUAACCUUUUCCCAAUCCACCCCGCAAGAUCCCAACUUUCUAUUCCAGGACUUGAUGUCUCGUAACGACACCGAAAGCUUGGGUUUGCUAGCGCGAGAUUCCACAGGGACAUCGUCAGCUGCAGCUAUUCAGACCUCAAUUUUGGAAGCGUCCCCCAGUACCGGUAAAACAUGCGCCAGUGGUACAGAUGGUGCCGAUGGAAAUGACUCUGAUCAUCGAAAGACCGGCUCCGAGAAGGUUACAAAACGAAAAACUUGCUUUGUGUGUCCGAGUUGCAAACAGACGUUUGCAACGUCAUUUACCUUGACGCGACAUCAAACAGAGGUACACCAACAAAAACCACCAAGCUCGGAAAAGUUGUUUCCAUGCCCCAAUCCUGGCUGUAAAAAGUCUACUGGAAAGUCGCCUUUCAAGCGUGGUUCCCAUCUGAAGCGACAUCUCAAUACCUGUAAGCAUCAUCAGGAAUUUCUUCACCAACCGGAUGAUCAAACAUUCUCAAGGCUAGCAUCAUCAUCAACCCUGGCAUCACAACUGUCAGAAGUAGAGACAGAACAAGCGGUCAGGGCUACUAGGAUGAGCAAGAGACUGAGGGUUGAAGAUGAUGAAGGGUCGGACGAAUUACUCCUGGCAAGGAUUUGGAAGAAGUACAAUAAUAUGAAAGAAGAGGUUAAGCAGAAGAGGGAUGCGUAUCUGCAUGCUGAGGAGAAGUUGAAGGCGUUUGGAAAGAACAUUCAAGACUUGACAGGCUCUCUGAGUGAUUCGUAG